AUGUCUAACAAAGAAAUCAGAUAUAAGGAUACAAAAAAUCAACCUUAUCAUCUAUACCAAACAGUAGACGAAAUACUUGAAGAACUAGAAGAAUUAGAAAAGAAGCAAGACCAAACUGAAAAACAAGUAACAGAAUAUAAAUAUAUAGAAUUAUCAAAAGAAGAAGAAGUAAUAUAUUAUAAAAGCAAAAUAAUAAUUGAUCAAAGAAAAGCAGCAAACGAAACCAUUAAUUAA